UGCUUCUAUACCCUGAAUCCAGAACAACGAAAAGAUUGGGCCUUUCUUCAAUUUUGUACUGAUUUGAGGCUUUUUUAACCUUGUGGGCUCUCCAAUUUUGAUGAUUUUUGAGUUUUUCUGUUUUCUUGAAUGAUGGGGUGUUUGUACUGUGAGUGAUCUAAAUUUGGGGGUUGGGGAAUUUGGUGGGUGGAUUUGUGCUCCAUGCAGUCAGGUGGCGGUGGCCGGAACCCUGGGGUUGGCCGGACGGGCUCCACGGCGACGUCGUCAGCUGCGGCGUCGCCGUCGUCUUCGUCUUCGGCAUCCCAAUUGGGGCUUGAUCAGCAUCAUCUUCAGCAGCAGCAGCAGCAACAGCAGCAGCAGCAGAUAAGUUCUAGUAGACAGUCAUUUCAACAACAGUUACUUAGAAAACCUGAAGGGAAUGAAGCUUUCUUAGCAUAUCAAGCUGGGCUCCAGGGUGCCUUUGGGAAUAACAAUUUCUCAUCUCCUGGUGCCAUGCAAUUGCCCCAGCAGUCUCGAAAGUUCAUGGAAUUAGCUCAACAUGGUGCCAGCCAAGAUGGCCAGUUCAGGGCUCAAGGUGUUGAGCAGCAAAUGAUGAAUCCUAUGCAUCAAGCAUACCUUCAAUAUGCACUUGCACAACAAAAAUCUGCGAUGGGAAUUCAGUCGCAGCAGCAAGCUAAAAUGGGAAUGUUAAACCCAUCUCUGAAGGAUCAGGAAAUGCGCGUGGCAAAUCUGAAAAUGCAGGAAAUGAUGGCUAUGCAGGCUAUGCAUCAAGCUCAAGGAUCAUCAUCUAGGAAUUCUUCCGAACAUGUGUCACGUGGGGAAAAACAGAUCGAGCCAGGACCGCAGACAGCUCCUGAUCAGAAGACUGAAGGAAAGCCUUUAUCCCAAGGACCAGCUAUUGGACAUGUAAUGCCUGGCAAUGUGGUGAGACCAAUGCAUGUGCCAGAAUCUCAGCAGGGAAUUCAAAAUUUUAUGGCAAUGUCUGCGCAAUACCAGGCUAUGCAGGCAUGGGCACGCGAACGCAACAUAGAUUUGUCGCAUCCUGCAAAUGCUAACAUAAUGUCGCAGCUCAUUCCAAUGAUGCAGGCAAGGAUGGCCUCCCAACAAAAGGUCAACGAGAGCAACGUUGGUGUUCAGUCAACACCUGUUCCUGUUUCAAGGCAGCAGGUCACUUCUCCAGCUGUUGGAAGUGAGGGUUCUGCACAUGCUAAUUCGUCAAGUGAAGCAUCUGGGCAGUCAGGUUCUUCAAAAGCCAGGCAGUCAGUUCCACCCGGCCAUUUUGGCUCCACAACAAAUUCUGGCAUAGGCAGUGGCUCCAGUGACAUGGUGAUGCAGCAACUUGGUGCUCAAGGAAGAGAGUCUCCAGCUUCUUUGAGGCAACCAGUCUCAGUGGGAAAUGGAAUGCCCUCUGUGCAUCCUCAUCAGUCUUCUGCCAACAGGAACUCAGGUGCAGAACAUCCCAUGGGUGCAAAAACUUCAUCAUCUGGUUCAGAACCCCCGCAAAUGCAAAACUUAAGGCAGUUAAACCAAUCCUCAUCUCAGGCCGGAGUUCCAACAAAUGAAGGUGGCUCGGGAAGUCAUGCUAAAUCUCAAACGGCACCACCAGCUCAGAUGCCUCAGCAUCGGACAGGAAGCGUGUUUACCAAGCAGCAGCUUCAUGUUCUUAAAGCCCAAAUACUUGCAUUUAGGCGGCUGAAGAAAGGGGAAGGUACUCUGCCUCAAGAACUUCUACGUGCUAUUGCUCCGCCGCCUCUUGAGAUGCAGGUGCAACAUUCAAAUCAUCCCACAGGAGGACAAAAUCAAGACAAACCUUCUGGCAGUAUCGCGGCAGAACAACCAAGGCACACUGAACCCAAUGCAAAGGAUUCACAAUCUAUCCCAGCUAUUAAUGGACAGAGUUCUUUAAAGCAGGAACCCUUUCCCAGAGAAGAGAAAUCCGUUGUACCACCGGUUCCUGUGCAAGCUGUUAUGCCACCUGCACCAAAGGAAUCUGCUCCAACAUUAUCUGCUGGAAAGGAAGAGCAGAAAUCAGUUGCAUGCCCUGAUAAGUCAGACCAGGACAGGGACAGUGAUCGUGGAAAGAACAGAACUCCUCCUAGGAAUGAUUUAGUGCUAGAUAGGGGAAAGGCGGUUGCACCGCAGGCUUCUGUAUCCGACUCAACCCAAAUUAAGAAAUCGGCACAAACAAGCACUGUUUCCCAGCCAAAGGAUGCGGCAUCUACUAGAAAAUAUUGCGGACCCCUAUUUGAUUUUCCUUCAUUCACUAGGAAACAUGACUCUUUUGGGUCAUCGAUGAUGGUAAACAAUAAUAAUAAUCUGUCACUGGCAUAUGAUGUCAAAGAUCUUCUUUUAGAGGAAGGCAUGGAAGUACUUAACAAGAAACGUACAGAAAAUUUAAAGAAGAUUGAAGGGUUGUUGGCAGUGAACUUAGAGAGGAAAAGGAUUAGGCCAGAUCUUGUGUUAAGGCUACAGAUUGAAGAAAAAAAGCUUCGCCUUGUAGACCUUCAGGCACGUUUAAGGGACGAGAUUGAUCAACAGCAACAAGAGAUAAUGGCAAUGCCGGAUAGGCCAUAUCGUAAGUUUGUAAGGCUGUGUGAGCGUCAGCGUAUGGAACUUGCUAGACAAGUGCAGGCAUCUCAGAGAGCUUUGAGGGAGAAGCAGCUUAAAUCUAUAUUUCAAUGGCGUAAGAAGCUUCUUGAGACACAUUGGGCUAUUCGUGAUGCCCGUACUGCCCGCAACAGGGGUGUGGGUAAAUAUCACGAGAGGAUGAUGAGGGAAUUUUCAAAACGUAAAGAUGAUGACAGAAACAAAAGGAUGGAAGCUUUAAAGAACAAUGAUGUUGACCGAUAUAGAGAGAUGUUACUGGAGCAACAGACUAGCAUGCCAGGCGAUGCUGCAGAAAGAUAUGCUGUUCUCUCAACUUUCUUAAGUCAGACAGAAGAGUAUCUGCAUAAAUUAGGAAGUAAGAUAACUGCUGCCAAAAAUCAACAGGAAGUGGAGGAGGCAGCAAAAUCUGCUGCUGCUGCUGCACGAUUGCAGGGUCUUUCUGAGGAAGAAGUAAGAGCUGCUGCAGCUUGUGCAGGGGAGGAAGUAAUGAUUAGAAAUCGUUUUCUGGAGAUGAAUGCUCCUAGGGACAGUUCAUCUGUCAACAAGUAUUACAACCUUGCUCAUGCUGUGAGUGAAACUGUGAUUAGGCAACCAUCAAUGUUACGUGCUGGAACAUUGAGAGACUAUCAACUUGUUGGUUUACAAUGGAUGCUUUCUUUGUACAAUAACAAGUUGAAUGGAAUUUUGGCGGAUGAGAUGGGUCUUGGAAAAACUGUGCAGGUUAUGGCAUUGAUUGCAUACUUGAUGGAAUUUAAAGGAAACUAUGGCCCGCAUCUUAUAAUAGUACCGAAUGCUGUUUUAGUUAACUGGAAGAGCGAGUUUUAUAAUUGGCUACCAUCUGUGUCGUGCAUUUUUUAUGUUGGAAGCAAGGAUCAACGGUCAAAAUUAUUUUCACAAGAGGUUUGUGCUAUGAAGUUUAAUGUCCUUGUGACUACUUAUGAGUUCAUCAUGUAUGAUCGAUCAAAGCUUUCAAAAGUCGAUUGGAAGUAUAUCAUAAUUGAUGAAGCACAGAGAAUGAAGGAUAGGGAUUCAGUCCUGGCCCGUGAUCUUGAUAGAUACCGUUGUCAAAGGCGCCUGCUUUUGACAGGAACACCAUUACAGAACGAUUUGAAGGAACUCUGGUCACUUCUAAAUUUACUUCUUCCUGAGGUUUUUGACAAUAGGAAAGCCUUCCAUGAUUGGUUCUCUAAACCAUUUCAAAAGGAAGGUCCUGCUCCAACCCAAAAUGGGGAGGAUGAUUGGCUCGAGACUGAGAAGAAAGUUAUCAUUAUCCACCGACUUCAUCAGAUUCUUGAGCCUUUCAUGCUCAGGCGUCGUGUUGAAGAUGUUGAAGGCUCACUUCCACCUAAGGUCUCGAUAGUUCUAAAAUGCAAAAUGUCCGCUGUUCAAAGUGCAAUUUAUGAUUGGGUCAAAUCAACUGGUACCCUUCGUCUUGAUCCUGAGGAUGAGAAGCGUAGGGUUCUAAAGAAUCCGGUCUACCAGGUGAAGCAAUAUAAAACUUUAAACAACAGAUGCAUGGAGCUCCGCAAAACUUGCAAUCAUCCGUUGCUUAAUUAUCCCUUCUUCAAUGACUUAUCUAAAGAUUUCCUUGUAAAGUCUUGUGGAAAAUUGUGGAUCCUGGAUAGAAUUCUCAUUAAACUUCAAAGAACAGGACAUCGUGUUCUACUGUUUAGUACCAUGACAAAACUCCUAGACAUCUUGGAAGAAUACCUGCAAUGGCGAAGACUUGUGUACAGAAGAAUUGAUGGUACAACCAGUUUGGAAGAUCGUGAGUCGGCUAUAGUUGACUUCAAUAGCCCUGAUUCAGAUUGCUUCAUCUUCUUGCUUAGCAUUCGAGCUGCUGGACGAGGUCUGAACCUUCAGUCUGCUGAUACAGUUGUUAUAUAUGAUCCUGAUCCGAACCCUAAAAAUGAGGAGCAGGCUGUUGCCCGAGCUCAUCGGAUUGGACAGAAAAGAGAGGUUAAAGUUAUCUAUAUGGAAGCCGUUGUUGACAAGAUCGCUAGCCAUCAGAAGGAGGAUGAAAUGAGAAGUGGAGGCACUGUUGACAUGGAGGAUGAACUUGCAGGUAAGGAUCGCUACAUAGGAUCUAUUGAGAGCCUCAUAAGGAACAAUAUUCAACAAUAUAAGAUAGAUAUGGCUGAUGAGGUUAUUAAUGCUGGACGCUUUGAUCAAAGAACAACACAUGAAGAGAGGCGUUUGACACUUGAGACAUUAUUGCAUGAUGAAGAGAGGUAUCAAGAAACUGUCCAUGACGUUCCAUCAUUGCAGGAGGUAAAUCGAAUGAUUGCCAGGAGCGAAGAGGAAGUGGAACUGUUUGAUCAAAUGGAUGAAGAGGAGGAUUGGAUUGAGGAGAUGACAAGGUUUGAUCAAGUACCCAAGUGGCUUCGAGCCAAUACAAGGGAGGUGAAUGCUGCUGUUGCUGCGCUGUCAAAAAGACCGUCAAAGAACAUUUUAACUGGUGGUACAAUACCUGUGGAACCUGGUGAAGAAAGGAAAAGAGGACGGCCCAAGGGGAAAAAGCAUCUAAGUUACAAAGAAGUAGAUGAUGAGAAUGGAGAGUACUCCGAAGCAAGCUCUGAUGAAAGAAAUGGAUAUGCACAUGAAGAAGGUGAAAUAGGAGAAUUUGAAGACGAUGGGUAUAGUGGUCCUGAUGGACCUCAACCCAUCGAUAAAGAUCAGUUGGAAGAUGGUAUACUUUGCGAGGCUGCCGGUUAUGCAUUUCCUAGAUCUUUGGAAAGUGCUGGAAAUAAUCAGAUGGUUGAAGAGGCUGGUUCCUCAGGAUCAUCCUCAGACAGUCAAAGAUUGAUCCAGACGGUAUCUCCAUCAGUUUCCUCUCAGAAAUUUGGUUCACUUUCUGCACUAGAUGCCAGGCCAAGUUCGAUACCAAGAAAGAUGACAGAUGAGUUGGAAGAAGGGGAAAUUGCUGUUUCUGGUGAUUCUCACAUGGAUCAUCAACAGUCUGGCAGUUGGAUUCAUGAUCGUGAUGAAGGUGAGGAUGAACAAGUUUUGCAGCAACCCAAGAUUAAACGUAAACGUAGCAUGCGUGUUCGACCCCGUCCUGUUGCUGAUAAACAUGAAGAAAAGCCUGUCAAUGAAAUGGCAUCUCAUUUAGCAAUACAAGCAGAACAUAAAUAUCAAUCACAGCCAAUGGCCGACAUAGAAUCAAAACGAUUGGUUGAAUCCAAACCAGGCAGGCAUGAUUUAAAUGCAUCAUUAAAAAAUAAGCGAAGUUUACCUCAAAGGAGAGUUGCCAAUACAUCCAAAUUACAUGGUGAAGACCAUCAAUUCAAGUGGAUCUUCGGCUCAUGGCACUAAAAUGACCGAAAUCAUCCAGAGAAGGUGCAAAAAUGUAAUUAGCAAGCUACAAAGGCGAAUAGACAAGGAAGGUCAACAAAUUGUGCCCUUGUUAACAGAUUUGUGGAAGAGAAUUGAGAAUUCUGGGUACAGUAGUGGAUCCGGGAACAGCCUGUUGGAUUUAAGAAAGAUUGACCAGCGGAUUGAUAGAUUGGAGUAUAAUGGAGCAACAGAGCUUGUAUUUGAUGUGCAGUUCAUGCUAAAGAGCGCAAUGCAAUUUUACGGCUUUUCGCAUGAGGUAAGAACUGAAGCGAGGAAGGUUCAUGAUCUAUUUUUCGAUAUCUUGAAAAUCGCAUUUCCUGAUACGGACUUCCGAGAUGCAAGAAGUGCGCUUUCUUUCGCCGCCAGUACUGUAACAUCCCCAAGGCAAGGAGCUGUUGGUCUAGGCAAGAGGCACCGGCUGAUAAAUGAGGUGGAAGCCGAUCAAGGCCUGCAAAAGGAAUCAAGGGCCGGAAGUGGCAGCACCCGGGAACAGCUUCAGCCGGACGAUUAUCCAGUGCUGACUCAUCCAGGUGAACUUGUGGUUUGCAAGAAGAGAAGGAACGAUAGGGGGGAGAAAUCAUUGGUGAAGCUGAGGACCGGCCCUGUGUCGCCAACUAGCAUGGUUCCGGCUAUGCGAAGCCCGGGGUCAGGUUCGACUCCUAGGGAUGCUAGACUAGCGCAUCAGUCUCCUCAUGCACAAGGGUUGGUUGGCCAGCCAUUUCAGCAGCCAAACGGCUCCGGUGGUUCGGUUGGUUGGGCAAACCCCGUAAAGCGACUACGGACGGAUUCUGGGAAGAGGAGACCAAGCCAUAUGUAGAUUUUCUCUCAAAGAACACAAAAGUCAUGGUAUAUAAUGAACAUAUUGCUCCUAGUUUCAGAAAGAGUUUUUGGUGGCCCUUAAUCUUGAUAGAGUUUACCCCUCAUACUGUUAAUAUAGAAUUUAGGCCCUGAGUUUGUAUUUUAUGGCCACCUUAAUGUACUUGAAUGUAACUUGUUUCUUCCAUUUUUCUUUGGAUAUCUGCAUCCUGCAGGUAUUGCUUUUCUUUUUAGAUAGUUGAAACUCUUGUAUAGUAAAUUCUCUGGUUCAUGUUAGUCCAUCAAAAUUUCCCCUCUACAAAGUGCUCUGGAA